AUGGAUUCACUAAAACAUAAAACAUGUACUGAUGCAUUACCACCAAGGGAUGCCAUUUCUUCCAAUCAAUCAGCAUAUCUUAUCGUUCAUGCUAUGGGAGAAACACCUCUAUCUAAACGUUCUCCUUUUUUGAUUCAAAAAUUGUUUGAAUCGACCAUUGGGAAUCUUAAAAAAAUUCAAAAACUGAGGUCAGGUGAUCUACUUGUAGAAGCAGUCUCCCCUCAACAGUCAGCAAAGCUUCUGAAAAUGAAGUCUCUAGGAGAAAUAAUGCUAACCAUCACACCACACACAAAUUUGAACUCGUCACGUGGUGUGAUAUCUGAAACCAAUCUGACGUCUGAGGAUGAAUCAGAUAUUCACAUUGGUCUCUCAGACCAAGGUGUCACUGCUGUUCGACGAAUUUUGAUCCGUCCUGAUGGCAAGUUGAUACCAACAAAACACCUUAUAUUGACUUUCAACAAACCAAGAUUGCCAUCUUCUGUUGCGGCAGGAUAUCUCCGUUGCCGAGUUUGCCCAUACAUUCCAAAUCCGCUACAUUGCUUUAAAUGUCAGCAGUUUGGACACUCCCAAAUAUCAUGCAGAGGAAAAAAAGCAUGCGCACAGUAUGGAAAUGAAGACCACAAGAGUACUGAAUGCACAAGUUCUUCAUGCUGUGUAAACUGCAAAGAUUCCCACCCUGCCUAUUCUCGAAAAUGCACUACAUGGCAGAGAGAGAAAGAAAUUCAGUGA